AUGGCUCACAAGGAUGCGGAAAGGAAGAGAACUGGGGAUGCGGCAACUGUGGUGCUGGAGAAUACGGAUGCUAAUCACUUCUCCAUUGAUAAAAGUCAAACGUCUCACGAUUAUUCUAUUAUAAGUCAGAAAAAAAGUUUAACAUUAAGUGAUGACAUCGAUCAAAAUAUUACGAGUAAUUUUAGUUAUGAAAACAUUGACAAAAUUAGCGUGAAACUUAAAGACGGUAGAAAUAUAUUUUUCCUUGAGACUGGAAAAUCAACAGAAGUUGCAUUAAAUGCACGGCAAGCAUGUUCAAUUGAGUCAGCAGCACUCACAAAUCCUAAUCUAAGAAUUUUCUUAAUUUAUUCUUCACCAAAACGACUACAAAAAUUAAAAAGAACUCCUGUGUUGGAAGCGAUAAUGUCGUAUUCAAAUGUAAACAUAAAUUACAUAAACAUUGAUGAGUUCUCUCAUGAAACUCCAUUUGAAAAUUUCAUUGAAUCAAAGCUACUUUCAAAGUCCUUUUAUUUAACCGAGCAUACAUCUGAUGUUUUGAGACUUUUAGUUUUGUGGAAAUAUGGUGGAUUGUUAGAAAGAGUCUUGGACAUGUUGAGUUUUUUAAGUUUUAAAAAUCUCUAUUUAUUGCCUUAA